AUGACUGAAAUAACAGGCACCAGUAUAUCAGAGAUGAUGAAGAUGGUGCCAGAUAGGGCUCAGAAUAAGGAGACCAAUGUUUUAGCUGCUGCAAAGGUGAUUGACACCAAAUCGGAAGAAGAAUUGGAAGAUUACAUGGUUGAGAUCGACAUAUUAGCGUCUUGUGAUCACCCAAAUAUUGUCAAGCUUCUAGAUGCCUUCUAUUAUGAGAACAAUCUUUGGAUUCUCAUUGAAUUUUGUGCAGGAGGAGCAGUGGAUGCUGUGAUGCUCGAACUUGAGAGACCAUUAACUGAGUCGCAAAUACAAGUAGUUUGUAAACAGACUUUAGAGGCAUUAAACUACUUACAUGAUAAUAAAAUUAUCCACAGAGAUCUGAAGGCCAGCAGCAUUCUUUUUACUUUAGAUGGAGAUAUUAAAUUGGCGGAUUUUGGCGUAUCAGCUAAAAACACAAGGACAAUUCAAAGGAGAGAUUCCUUUAUUGGUACACCCUACUGGAUGGCUCCUGAAGUAGUCAUGUGUGAAACGUCUAAGGACAGACCAUAUGACUACAAAGCUGAUGUCUGGUCCCUGGGUGUCACUUUAAUAGAAAUGGCUGAGAUUGAACCACCUCACCAUGAAUUAAAUCCAAUGAGAGUGCUGCUGAAGAUAGCAAAGUCUGAGCCCCCUACAUUAGCACAGCCUUCAAGAUGGUCUUCAAAUUUUAAGGACUUUCUAAAGAAAUGCUUGGAAAAGAAUGUGGAUGCCAGGUGGACUACAGCUCAGUUAUUGCAGCAUCCUUUCGUUACCGUCGAUUCCAAUAAACCAAUCCGAGAAUUGAUUGCUGAGGCAAAGGCCGAAGUGACAGAAGAGGUUGAAGAUGGUAAAGAUGAUGAUGAGGAGGAGGAAACAGAAAAUUCUCUGCCAAUACCUGCAAGUAAGCGUGCCUCUUCUGACCUUAGUAUUGCCAGCUCUGAAGAAGAUAAACUUUCACAGAAUGCUUGUAGUCUGGAAUCCGUCUCGGAAAAAAGAGAGCGUCCGACUUCUGGAGAUAAAUUCAGCAGCAAAAUUCUUGAUGAAAAACCCACUGCUGAUGAACCUGAGAAAGCAGUGGAGGGCGUUAAUGAACGUGCUGAUGGUUCCCAGUCGGAAGCUGCAGUUGAACUUCAAGCUAAAACAACACUGAUCGAAGAGAGUGAGAGACAAGAGAAGAGGCCCCGGCUUGAAAAGCUGCCUGAUGCAGACCAGGCGACCGUGGGUGUGAAUUCAGUCAAUGAAGGAAAAGAGGAGAACAUAGUAGUAGCUUUAGAAACAAGUAUAGAGCAUGAUCUGAAACCUAAGGAAGAAAGGAAUCAGGAAAAGCAACCAGUAAUUGAAAAUCAGCUUAUAAAAUCUGAUGACAUUAAAGAUACUGCCGUUCAAACCAAGGAUUUAGUUUCUCAAGAGACUGGAGAAAAAGAGGCAGGUAUUCAGGCAGUUGACAGUGAAGUUAAGCUUAUGAAAGACGACACCCAGGAGACGGUGGGAGAUGAUAAAACUCCGAAAGAUGUGGUCAGCGAUGUAAGCAGCGUGGCAGGAACCAAUGAGUUGGUAGGCGCUGCUCGGCAGACAGUUGAAAACAAAGCUGAGGAUUCUCAGAGCAAUGAUGGGAAGGAAGUGGUUGACACAGACCAGGAGUUCAUCAUCAGGCCCAAGGAGGGGCUUGAGACUGGCAGCACUGAGGAAGUUCUUAGUAAAGAAAGAAUCGAGACUAAUGAGAGAGCUGAGAAAUCUUCAGAAAGUAAAAUCAACAGUUCUGAGAACAUAGUGGUGACCAGUGAGGAGCCGGGGCCAAAUGAAGUUGAGGAAAUCACUGAAUCAAGUAGCCCUGGAGAGACGGAUGUCAGAAGUGCAGUGCUUGAUACGGCUCAGAAGACUUUGGGAAGUGAAACUGGGGAUGUUCAUCAAGCCACUGCUCAGAUGGACACAAAACAAGAAGAAAUCCCAUGUGACGUGCCAAUUAAAACAGAACCUCAAGUUCCAGUAGCUUCACAGCCCAGCGAACCUCAGCCUGUUCUAAUACCCAGUAUUAACAUCAACUCUGAAGAUGCAGAAAACAAAGGCGAAAUUGGUGCUUUAUAAAAAACGGAAAUCAUGUUGCUGCCGGAAUCUGAAAAUCAUAAGGAGAAUGAUACUGAUUCAGGCACUGGUUCUACUGCUGAUAAUAGCAGCACUGACUUGAAUUUAUCCAUCUCUAGUUUCCUAAGCAAAACCAAAGAUAGCGGGUCAAUGUCUUUACAAGAAACAAGAAGACAAAAGAAAACACUGAAGAAAACACGCGAAUUUGUUGUUGAUGGUGUUGAAGUGAGUGUAACAACAUCAAAGAUAGUUACAGAUAGUGAUUCCAAAACUGAAGAAUUGCGAUUUCUUAGGCAUCAGGAGCUGUGGGAGUUAAGAUUUCUUCAGAAGGAAGAGCAAAGAGCACAGCAGCAGCUCAACAGUAAACUGCUGCAGCAGCGAGAACAAAUUUUCCGGCGCUUUGAGCAAGAAAUGAUGAAUAAAAAGCGACAAUAUGACCAAGAAAUUGAGAAUCUAGAAAAACAGCAGAAACAGACUAUUGAACGUCUAGAACAAGAACACACCAAUCGCUUGAGAGAUGAAGCCAAGCGCAUUAAAGGAGAGCAGGAGAGGGAGCUGUCCAAGUUUCAGAAUAUGCUGAAAAAUCGCAAGAAGGAGGUUAUAAAUGAAGUGGAGAAAGCACCCAAAGAGCUGAGAAAAGAGCUCAUGAAACGCAGGAAAGAGGAGCUUGCACAAAGCCAGCAUGCUCAGGAACAAGACUUUGUGCAGAAGCAGCAACAAGAAUUAGAUGGCUCUUUGAAAAAGAUCAUCCAGCAACAGAAGGCAGAGUUAGCCAAUAUUGAAAGAGAGUGCUUAAAUAACAAGCAGCAGCUCAUGCGAGCUCGAGAAGCUGCAAUUUGGGAACUUGAAGAAAGACACUUACAGGAAAAGCACCAGAUGCUCAAGCAGCAACUUAAAGAUCAGUAUUUCAUGCAAAGACAUCAGCUGCUUAAACGGCAUGAGAAGGAAACAGAACAAAUGCAGCGCUACAAUCAGCGACUUAUUGAAGAAUUGAAAAACAGACAGACUCAAGAAAGAGCAAGACUGCCCAAGAUUCAGCGCAGUGAAGCCAAGACUCGAAUGGCCAUGUUUAAGAAAAGUUUGAGAAUUAACUCAACAGCCACACCCGAUCAGGACCGUGAAAAAAUUAAACAGUUUGCUGCUCAAGAAGAAAAGAGACAGAAAAAUGAACGAAUGGCUCAACAUCAAAAACAUGAAAAUCAAAUGCGGGAUCUUCAGUUGCAGUGUGAAGCCAACGUCCGCGAGCUGCAUCAGUUGCAGAAUGAAAAAUGUCAUCUGUUGGUUGAGCAUGAGACUCAGAAACUAAAAGAAUUAGAUGAAGAACACAGCCAAGAAUUAAAGGAGUGGAGAGAGAAAUUGAGACCUAGGAAAAAGACUUUGGAAGAAGAGUUUGCCAGGAAACUGCAGGAACAAGAAGUCUUCUUUAAAAUGACCGGGGAGUCGGAAUGCCUUAACCCUUCAACGCAGAGCCGGAUUUCGAAAUUUUAUCCUGUUCCCAGUUUGCAUUCCACAGGGUCAUAA